AUGCUCAAAACUGAGGGCCAUUAUGAGAUUAACAAGAUUAUCCUGUCUGGGCUCUUCUCCCCGAACAUUCCCCAUCUGUUCCUGGCCGCUGCCUCCCACCGCACUCGGGCAGGCGGCUUCACGCCGCUGCUCGCUCCCGCCGGCCGCUGGGCCGCGGCGGCCUCGCCCGCGCCCCUCACAGGGCCGCGCCGCCGCCGGAACUGCACCGCCAGCCCCCUCGGUGGCGGCGGGAGGGUGUGUGCCGCUGAGGGCAGCGCCGGGGGUCCCGCCGGCCUCCACAGAAGCUCCAGCGUAGGGAGGAGGGUGACCCUGGAGGCGCGUCCCCGCUUCCUUCCCCCUACCCCCCCCGCCCCGGGCUCUGAGGGGGAGCGGCCGCUGGGAGCCCCUUGCCCGCCCUCCCCUGGACGAGCCCGGCGAGGCGCCGACCCGCGGCCCAGCGGCGGUACCUCAUCAGGCGGCCGGCGCCUCCCGCCUGGCGCCGCUGCCCAGGCCGCGGCCGCCCGCUGCCUCCAUCGCCGCCGCCGAGGCCGAAAGCUGAAAACACUGGACACAUCUCUGUUUCUGUUGGAGGCCUCAUGUCCUCUGCAUUUCACUUGGGCCGUGGCUGGUGUAUUGGAAGAAGCGUGGACUAGUUACUACAGGUCACUUGCUGAUUUAUCUCCAGUUCACAGCUCAUUAGAAGAUCCACUGUCAUCAUCCUCAUCGUGGGAGAGCAUUUCCCCUUCUAAAGAGUUUCUGUGGAAUCUCCUGCAGCACACAGAAAUUGUGCCAUACCUUUCAACUGGGUCCUACAAAUUAAAGCCUCCUGGUGUAGCAAAAACACAUUCUCUUCGUUGUUGUUUCACAUUGUGUACCCAUGAAGGGUCCUUCUGGACUUAG